CGGGGUAGACCGCAGUUAAUGGCUUGUAAACAAACAUGGCGUCUUAGUGCUGAAAAGUUUUGGAAUGUGGCCAUUCUUCUAUCAGUUCACUGCAUAAAGCACCUAAUUCUGAUAUAUAGACAGCUAACACCAUAGAAUGAGGCGAGGAGUUGGACGAGCAAUUCCUUCUAACCUGCCAGUACCAAAGGCUUCACAUGGAACUCCAGUGACUUCUUCAUCCUCUCUGGCACGUGGCCAUGCCAGUCAUGCAAAGUCAGCUGAGGAUUUGUCACAUUCACAGGGAAAUACUUCCAGCAUGCAAGGAAAUUCCCUCCGCAGAGCCCUUUCUCCUGGCAUUAGGCAGAACAAAGGUCUAUCACUCUCACCUGCCCGCACAUCUCAUUCUGGUUCACCUCUUCCAGGAGUCCGCUACAUCACUGAAGAUUUAAUUCGGAAAAUUGCUAGAGAAGAACAUUUAGAGGUCAUAACGUCUUUAAAUCUCACACUCUCUAAAGAAGGGGGAAAGAAGAUAAAGUUCAUUGAAAAUCUGGAUCGCCUUAAGAAUCUGGUUUCUCUUAACCUGAGCAACAACAUGAUUGAACGGAUGGAAAAGCUGGAAAAACUACAGCAGUUGCGAGAGCUGAAUCUUUCUCGCAACUAUAUUGUUCGUAUUGAAGGCCUAGAGACACUCACAGGACUUCAAGUGCUGAAUCUUUCUUCCAACAGCAUUGAGCACAUCCCCACCUGGCUUCCAAAGAGACUGCAGGCUUUGCGCACAUUCAGGAUUGCAAACAACAAAAUUGUAUCAUUGUCAGAAAUGGCCAAACUGAAGACUAUACCAGAUCUUAUCCACAUAGACAUAAAAGGAAAUCCAUUAUCAGAGCUGCCUCAUGCUCGUCUAUUUCUGGUAUUCCAUCUGCGCUGCAUGGAGACUUUAGAUAGUCAAGCAGUAACCAGCUUGGAACGUGAACAGGCUCAAAGCCGAUUUUCUCUAGAUGAAGUCCAAAAUCUGGAGCGUCAACUAGAACAAGGAGAGUCACGAUAUAGGCAGUUGGAGGAGAGUCACAAUCGCUCUGAGCAGGAACGUUCACAGCAGGAAGUGUCCCAGAAUCAACUGCUACAACGUCAACAGGAUAUCAAGGAGCAGCUGCAGCAGUUACAGCGAGAACUGGCAGCCAAAGACGACUUGCUUAAGCAAAAGACCACAGAACUGAACAGGGCAUGUGAGAAACAUUACCAGCUAGAACAAGAGUUGGCAUUUCACAAGAUUGACUCCAAGUUCAAGGAGCUAGGUACAGCUCCACCUCUUCAGCAAAAUCUGAGCAGUGAUGAUGGAGGCCUUCUGAGUGAGAGUCCUUACAUAGGACGAGCACGCUUCCAUGCCAACCAGAUGGCAGAAGAAGGACAGGUUCAGGCUGUGCCCCAGCGGGUUCAGCUGCACUCUCUAAGGGCACCUGUAUCACCUGCCCUUUCACCUCAGCAAAGACAAGAGCUGCAGGCAAGAUUAGAUGCAGAGUUGGAGGCAAAAAAGAAAGAAGUCUUAGAAACGGAAGAGAAGCUUCGAAUGCUCCAGUCAGAUCUAAACUCCACUGAACAAAAGUUAGUCAGUGCUGCCCAAGAACUGAAGAAACUGGCACCCACUAGAAACACACCUGAGCCAUUCAGAGAUGACAAAUUCAAGAUUCGUCAGCGCCUGGCAAAAAAGAUGCAAAAUGUGAACAAACUACGAGAUGCAGCCACACAAAUGGAAGAUGAAAUUGACAGAGUACAGCAGAGCAUCACUCAGGGCAGAGCAGAACUUAACACACUGAAAAAUGAGAUGCAGUCCAUGGAUCCAAAGACUUCCUCUUAUAAGCAAAUGGCUGACAAGGAGCUGCAGGUGAAAAAAGAUUAUGAUGUUUGUGACCAUCUUCAGCAAGACCUGCACAGUGUGAUGCAGGACAUUGCCAAAGAAACAACAGAAAUUAAACACCUUGAGGAACAGCUAGAAUCAGGUGAGAUUGAAAGGAAUGAAAGUAUCAAGGCUGAGCUGGAAGAUAUUGUGAGUGACUUACAGGGCUAUCUAGAGGGAGUCAAGGGUCAGACCUUGCAGCACCAACAGGAAUACAGGAGGAUGAUGGAAGAGAAGGGUGUGCUAGAGGAGAAGAUUAGGCGGCUGGAGACGGAGCUGGAUGUCCUUGACACAGAGGCCCAGCAUGCCAAGGUGUUGCAGAAGCGACUGGAGGAUGCAGAGCAUGAGCUGAGCAAAAUACAGAAUCUGAGUCAGACCCUCCAGGAGGAUCUACUGCAUUCACGUCAGAAAGAUCAGGAGGCACAGAGUCGCCUGGAGCAAGCAGAGGCAGAGAUACGACGCCUGAACCAGAGCUUGCAGGAGACUGAGAAGAAAGCACAGUCUGAGAGGAAGUCUGUGGAGCGCCACCUGCAGACAGAACGUGAGAGGAUGGAGAAGAUGACACAACGAGUGCAGGAUGCCAAUCGUCAGGAUCUGGAGGUCAAGAAGCUGGUGGCUCAGCUGGAAGCUGCAAAGACUCUUAAUUCCUCAUUACGAGACCAAUUGGAGGAUGUUCAACAGCAACGAGAACUGCAAGAAGAUGGGUUCAAACCCAGUGAACUAAAAAAGCGCCUCCGCAAGUUCACUCAUGACUUUAAAACCAACAAGAGUCCAGGAGAGCCUUUUGACAAGGAUGACAUCCUGGGAACUUCCUUCAAGGAGAUCUACCAGACAGCACAAGACAAACUGAGCAAGACCAUGCGGGAGUCAGAAGAGGCUAAGAAGCAGAAGCAGAAGCUGGAGGUGGAAGUGCAGACUUUGAAGGAGCAGCUGAAUAGAAGAGAGGGGGCCUUACAGGAAUCACAAGACAACAAACAUAGUGAUGAGGAAAAAAGACGCUUGCAGGAGGAGAUUAAAAGGCUUCAAGCUUCACUCAAACAACUGAAAGAGGGUGGGGUGCCUGUGCGUAUCGUGUAUGCACGGUCUGAAGGAAGUGUUGACAGAGCUUCCUCACUGGACUCUGAGGAGAAGAUGCUUUUUGAUGAACUGCAGCGGGAGCUGAUGGAAUUGAAACGUCACAUGCGACAGCAGGAGCAUGAUGCCUCACGUAGGCUGGUGGAGGUGGAGACAGAAGCAGCUCAGUGGCAGGAAGAGAUGAAAGAGCAGAAGCGGAUAUUUGAGAAAGAACUAGACAGGCAUCGCCAGGAAGCAGAACUUCUUAAGGAGAAACAGGAAGCCAGGAUUCAAGUCAUUGCUCAAGACCUUGACCAAGCUCAGAGUGUUGCAGAGGCCUUGCAGCAGAUGCUGAAUCAACGAGAAAAGAUGCUGCAGGAUGAAAUAGGAGCAGCAGAUAUGUCCAACCAGAUGAUUGCUUCUCAAGAGGAUGAGCUUUCACGGCUCUAUGGAAUCCUAGAUGCCCAGCGUGCAGAGAUAGAGAACCUGAACCAGAUGCUGGAUUACUUGGCAGCGCAGGGGCCAGAUGGAGUUGGUCCUGCAUUUGAUGAUGAGCUCUGGCGCAUCCGACAAGAAGUGAACAAGUUGAAAGAGACACUGGCCAUGCAGUCAGCAUAUGUCCAGUCUAUGCCAGCCACUCAUCAUUUUGGGAUGCAGGCUGGUCCGCUGCCUCCACUCCUGCAAGACAUGGGUGUUGGAUCAUCUGGCAUUGGUGUUGGUCAUGUUGGUGUUGGUCCCAGCAGUCGGUCUAGUUCAGGAACUGGGGGUGUUGGCGCCAGCAGACCUGUAUCUAGUCAACCUGCAGUGUCAGGCUUUGCCACUGGGCUUUCAUUGCCUGGAUAUCCAGCAGACCUCCAUGUUGGGUAUGGAGACCAGCCUGAUGGUCAGCAUGAUGGUCGUUCACAGAAUGCAGCCAUGCAUCAGCGCCAGACUUUUGGAGGUCAUCCUGCCAGUACACUUUUGCCGCGUCCAGCACAGAGGGGGUCUAAUCCACCAGCUGACCCUCGAUCUAGUUUUCCAGGACACUUAGCUAAUGAACGACGUGAGUCCAAAGCUCCUCCUAGCAGCAGAAGAACUGCAGGGAAGGGAGAGGACUCCUCGCCAGCCCAUCCACAAGCCCUUUCUUCUGAUCGAGUUUUGCCUGCAGAAGAGAUUAGGUGGCAGGCAGGUGGUCCAGUAAAGCGUGGGAUUCCUGCACUUCCAUCAGCAUUUGAACCAGUCCACCGACCUGAGCGACAAAAUCCUGCUGUCACUGUAUCACCACUUCAGGCAAAUUUCUCACCUGUUGUUCCUCCACCUCAUUAUCCAAGAAACAUGCAGCCUAUCACAGCACCUCAGAGUGGUAACAGCAUGAGAGAUGUUGGUGGCUUGACUCUGUAUCCUAGCGGGCCGAAGGAGCAAUGCUUGGCCAUCACGAGGCAUCCAGACUUCAGGCAUUCAGGGCCCUUCCCGCAGCGUGCAGGUGGGAGUUGCUGCGCCUGCUGGCAGUAUUGUGAGCAGCAGGGAUCAUCACAUGGUGGAGUGGAAGGUGGCAUCAAAACGCAGCCAAUGGUCAUUCAUGUGCCUGUCCCCAUCUACAUGGGAAAUCCUCCAUCUUCCCAGCCUACCGAGCGGCAACCUGCUGUAGCGCAGUCUGGUCUUCCUGUGCCAGAAAGCUAUGAAGGGAAUGUUCCAACCUCUGGUAACCAGACACAUGUGGCCUUUGACCCCAUCGCUACUCAGUACAGCUACAGUGCAGGAGGGACAGAAGCACCUACAUAUCUUGGAAAUUUCUACCCUAACCCAGCUCAGGCUGCAUCCCAACAGGCGGGUGUGUCAGGCACUCCAGGUGCAUACAACAUUGGUACACAGACCUACCUACCUGUUGGGCCAGCUCAGCAGGUGGACUACCAGCACACUCGCACCUACAUUCCAGCUGGGACUGAUGGCGGAAGUAAUGCUCGCAUUUACUACCCACCCAGUGGAUCCCUCCCCAUGCCAGCACCAGGAGCCCCACCCCCACCCCCUCCUUUACCUGUGACUGUCUUGGGGCCACCUUCUUCGCCUGGGUCUCGUGCUGCUGGAAUGCUGUUGACGCCAAUAGCAACGGGAACUCCUGUCCGAGGGGGAUACAUGGUGCCUGUCAACUUUGAUGGUUCCUAUGUUACAGCACCACCAAGUCCAAUCAGGCCUGUAGCUAUGGACUCUCCAAGUCGGGGCAUCCUUAAGAAUGGUGGAGGAAGAGGUGAAGGUGGCAACAAUGGUGAUGAUAGCUACCUGUUCUGUAACGUACCUGAACAUCAUGACCUGGAGGAUUAUAUAGCAGAACUUCAAGAAAAGUUAAGGCGACUAAAGGCAAAGUUACUACAGGAGAAGAGCCUAAAGGAGGAAAUAGUAGUAAAUAAUGACAAAAAACUGAUUAAACGCCUUCUUAAUGAGCUAGAGGAUCGACGUGAGGAGCUGGAAGGCCUUGAUCUGGCCAUCGAACGCCAGAAGCGAAACCUACAGGAGAUGAAGGAUGAGGAGAAGGGGCUGAAACGCAAGAGAUCUAAUGCACGUGAAGAAUUACAGACACUGCGAGAAAGGAACAUAAAACGGCUCUUGAAAAUGAACCGUGGUCCAGCUGAAGACAGUUUCGACGAAGAAAUGGAGCAUAACAGGCAGAAGUACCUACGCAAUGAAGUGGAUUGCCUAGAACGCACUCUAGCCAAGCGGCAAGCACAGCUUCACGAGGCUGAGCGAGCCCUCAAAGACUGUAAUGCGGAUCUCAGGGAAGCAAAGGAACAGGCACGAGAAACUGUCAAGCGUUACGAUGAUGCAACUAUGAGCUUGCAGAAUGCUGUCAGUGAGCAGCAGGAAAUUGAGCGCCGUGCUAAUGAAGUUGGGCUGCAGCUGGUGCAGUCAAUGGACAGACUGGCUCAGGCAAAGAUUAGCCUCAGGGACUUAGAGAGAAAGCGCAUCAAGCAGGAUCGCCUAUUAAAGGACAUUAAUCAAGUCAUUGCAAAAAAGGACACAGAAUUCCGAGAUUUGGAUGCCCGUGUCAAGGUCACACAACAAAGCCUCCAGAAGGUUCAGGAUGAACUGGUGCUUUCCACACAGCAAGAGAAGGAAGUGGUAGAUGCCUUGAGAGACAGUGAGGACGUUCUUGGAAAACGUCGUGCUGAAAUUGCUCGCAUGCGAGACCAGGUGAUGCAGAUACAGAGCUUAGAGCGGUUGGAUCAGCAAGUCGGUCGCAAACGUACAGAACUGCAGCUGCUACAAGAAAAUCAAGAGAGCCGGCAGGCAGAGCUAAGCUCUGUUCUACGACAGGCAGAGGCUGAAGUGGCAGCCAAGCAGCGUGAGGUGAAGGAGGAACAGGCUCAUAUGGAACAGCUGGAGCUGCAGAAGUCAGACCUGGCCACCCUUCUGAAGGCUCGGCGAUUGGAACUGCACAAGUUGCAGGAGGAGGUUCAACAGGAGGAGGAGGUGCUGCAGAGGCUUACCAGCUCUGUCAACAAGAACAAGUCUGAGUUGAAGCACACCUAUGAGAUGCAGAAGCUGGAGCAGAAUGAGCUAGAGAACUUACGGACACAGCACGCACAGAAAAUGGGUGACUUGGAGAGAAUACAACGUGAAUUGCUAGAAGAAAAGUCAGAGCUAGAGCAGCUGAAUGCAGAGACGAGUCGGAAAGGAGCAGAACUCGAACGCCUACGCCAAGCAGUUGACAGAGAACGGAGUGAAGUUGAAAACUUAUCUUCAGAAAAGCAGUUGCUGGAGGACCGUUUAGCCAAUCUUUCCAGAGAAAAGGGAGCUCUUGAAGACAGCUGUAAAUCACUAGAUGACAAACUUAACACAAUGAAGAGGACACAGCGCAUCACUGAAGAAAAGCUUGAGGCAAGUGCUCGUCGACUUGAGACACUAGAGCAAGAAUUGGUGCGGGAGCGAGAGAUGGACGAGGCCAACUUGCAGCGCACAAUUCUACAGAAAGAUCUUCAGAUGCUGAAACAAAAUGUUAAAGACACAAAGCUAGAGCUGGAGCAAUUGCAGAACAGCAUCAGUGACGCAGAGUCAACACUCAGAAACCUGGACCAAGAUAUUCGCAGCAGCCAGCAGAGGCAUGAUGAGACGCACCUGGAGGUGCAGCGGCUGGCAGAAGCCGUUCGUCACAGCAACGCAGCAUAUGAAGAGGCAAGUCGACUGGAGCGAGCAAAGCAGGAAGAGUUGCAGGACUUGCUACGAGCAGUUGCGGACAGGGAGCAAGAACAUGAAGACGCUCGAAAGGCUCUGAAUCGUGUGCGGAAGGAAGUUGAAAAAGAAGAAAAUAAACUCAACAAGUUGGUGUCUAAUGCAAACACCAACCUGGAUCAGAUCCGGUCAGAUCUAGUCAGUAAGCAAGAGGAGCUGGAUAAAACAAGUCAGUCACUUUUACAGCUUCGAAAGGAGGCCAGUGAAAUACAUGCAAACGAGGAGCAGUUUGGUGAAAUGCAGAACCAUAUUCAAGAACUGGAGAAGGAAAUGGAGGAACGCAACAAAGAGAAGAAUGAACUGGCCAAGGCUUUGUCAGCAUCAUAUGAGGAAGUACAGAGACUACGCAAAGACUCGGCAGAGGCGCAUGAACUCUUGAGGAAAGAGAAAGAAAGGUAUGAAAACACACUGACCGACAUACAGCAACAGCUAGAGCUGAGAAAACAGGAGCUACAGCACCUGCAGCAGCAGUCUGCAGUACAGGUGGCAGAACUGCAGAACAUCGCUGAACGGCAGUUCAGGAGAGCUAAUGCUCUGACAGACAAGCUAGGCAAACAUAGACAAGAGGUCAUUGAGAUGAAGACACAGAUAGAGCCACAGUCCGAUGACAAAGAAAAUGAACAAGUGUCACAAAGAGCAUCUGCUACCUUGGCUGGGAACAAAAUCAGUGAUGACUGGACAAGCAGAAAUGAUCGUCUGCGCCAACGCUUGGUGGAAGAGCAGGAUUAUCUCAGGUUGCAACUAAAGCAGCAGAUGUCAAGGCACAGCGAGCUAAUGGAAUCAGCGAGAAAGAAAUCAGAUGAAACUAUCAAUCAUUUGAAACAGAAGCUGAACUCAUUACAAGAGGUUCUUUUCAACUCUGGAGCAUCUGAUGUGCGAGCUUUGCAAGAUCUGGCAAGAUCCCGUUCACAGUCGCCCAGAUAUGACCGGAGGCGCUCACCAAGUCCCAUCAUAAGAACAGGCAGGGGCUAUUGGUCACAUCGUUCAAGAUCAAGGUCUUUUGAGAGGAUUAAUGGUUCGAUGAUUCCAGAGAGGGACUGUUUUUGGAACUAUUGUACACCAUAAAACCAAGAUUUACUGUUCACAAAUGGUCUUCUUGUGGAGGCUAAACUAAGGUUUGCUAUUUUCAUGGUUGCCAAUCUAUUAUGCCAUCCAAGGAUAAAAUCUAAGGUUAGUUACCCAAAUCUCUCCCAAAAACUCCCCAAAAUAUAGCUGUGAGAUUAAUAUUUGGUACUUUGAGACUAAUAAUAGUUUUUGAUAUCUCUUCUAUCAUCUAGAAGUAAAGCAUUUUAGCUUACUCUAGCAUGUUAGUUUGUUUGACUGUGAUUGUUCAUAAUAUUUAGGUACGUUUAUCAGCUGUAUUCAACAUGUUUUGUUGUUGACCUGAACUUUGUAUUUAUUUGCUUUCUAGACAUACAUUUCUGAGUGUAAUAUAUAAUAAUUGGAUAAUGCAUUGCAUGGGUUAAUCCCUUCAGUUAUUGCAUAAUAUGAGGGCAGGAUUUGAAGAGAUGAUGUUCAGUUGACUUUACACACAAUUUCUGGUAUGUCUGGAAUGCCAGUUACCAUGAAUCCUUAUGAAACUUGGGUUCAAGACAGCUAUUUGUUUUACUUUUUCGCUCAAGAUGGAUGAAUCAACAAAUUAAGUUGUAGCUAUAAAGAUCUUUGCAUCUGUGGGUGCGAAUAGUGUAUUUCAGACUUUGAGAAAAUUGCCAUUUAUUCAAAUUAGUAGUUGUGCUUUUAAUGAGAACCACUGCUGCCAAAACAUUUUUCCAUUUCAUAUAGGAAAUGGCUUUUUUCCCUUUCAGCUUAGCAUUAAAUAACUUACUUCAUUUGUUUAUUCAUGCUAAUGAUGGACAUUCAUUUUUAAAGUAUCUGACUUUGGAAAUCUGUUUGGCAAUACAAAGGGUCUGUUUAACAUCCUGAUACGUAUUAUAAUAAACUUAGUAGCAUAUGCUUUUUCUGUUAUGUAGAUAUAUGGUUGUGCAUGAGCAGACAUUUUUGCAGAAAGAGAAAUAACAAUUCUGUGAUUUUUUUUUUAUUUGUAUGUUUUCCAGUGGGUAAAUUUUAACUUAUGCAUCAAAUUCAAAUUGAAGGUUUUUACAUAUUCCGUCCAUUUUCAUUCCAUCCUAUAUAUUGCUAUUUCUUUUGUUAUGUUCAAUUAUAAAUGUAGUCAUACCAUUUACUAGAUUUUUGUUUAGUUUAUACCUGCAACAAUUAGAGUAAAUAAAACCGUGUACUUCGCAAAA